CUGGCAGUGAGUUUAUUUUUAGUUUUCUCUUCAUCUCAGAAGAGACAAACAGCUCGUUUCUCUAAGUGUUCUUAAGGAAAGUGGCUGUAAAAUAGAACAGCAAGUAACCGACGUCAACCGUUAACUGACAAAUUCCCACCGUGUCGCAGGAACAUGUCACGACAGAUGGGAGACAGUCAUCGAAGGUUUUUACAAACCAUGAUGGCCAACGGCAUCAUCGAUGAGCAGGGGGCAAAGGCACUCCAUCAGCAUUGUUGUGAAACACACAACACACAGUGUGCACCAGACAGACUGGACGAUUUCAUUGAUACCAUCAACUUAAAGCUGCAGCCGAUGUUCAUGCAGAUAAGAAAAGGGAUGUCUGAAGACAAUGGUCACCAGUAUUAUGCUUUGGUCAACAUGGUUGAAAAUGAUGUCACCAGGAUGUCGUCAGAUUAUGCUGAUAAUGAACUAGAGCUGUUCAAGAAAACGAUGGACCUGAUUGUGGGCUCUGAGGAUGGCAAGGCCUCCUCCACUGAUAUCCUGAACAGCACUGACUCUAUGACCACCAAAAAGCUGAAGAAGAGUGAAAUAGAGCACCUCUUGAACAGACUCGUGCAGGACAAAUGGCUCAGUGAGAAACGGGGCGAAUACACCUUAUCCACCAGAUGUAUCAUAGAGAUGGAGCCAUAUAUCCGUGCAAUGUAUCAAGACCAGGUGAAAGUUUGCCACAUCUGUCACACCGUCGCUUUCCAGUGUCAAAUUUGUGAGAAUCCUACAUGUGGCAUAAAAAUCCACAACCCAUGUGUGGCCAGAUACUUUAAAGGAAGAACGGAGCCGCGAUGUCCAGCUUGUGAGGAUUUUUGGCCACAUGAAAUUCCUGAAGUCAGACGGCCCCGUUCUCAGUCCAGGAGAUGAGCACACGAGUGUCAGCUGUGUUUUUUGUUAGGAUAAAUUUGAGGUUAUUUUCUUGUCAGAGUUUGUAAUACAUCAAGUUGUUAAUUUAAUUGUUGAUAUAGCAAUAUUAGAUAAAAUAAAAUACAUUUUAUCAAUCCUUUAUUAUGUCAGUUUGUUUGCACGCAUUCAUCAUGCUCUUUACUAAGUUACUUUUCUGCCUGAUACCUCUUUUAUGUGCCACUUUGCUGUCACUUAUCAAAAACAGUAUCGUCUUUCCAUCAAGGUUCUUAAUCUGACAGAAAUUAAGUAGUUUUGUAACAAGAGUUUCAAGAUUUUACAAGGUCAGAGGAGAAACAUUAUACCUGUGUAGAUGAGAGUGGUUUGGAUAUUAGUGUUGCUCAAUAAUUAUAUUAAUAAAUAAUUGAUUCGCUGACAUAAAGAUGAAAUGCAUCAGAAAGAAACUUAACGGCUCAGACAAUAGCUCAUUUACAAUAAUGCAAUUUUUUUUGUUGCUAAAUUCGCUGCAAACAUUUGUUAGAACAUCAUUGUAAAAUUGUGACAAAACAAAUAAAACCCGAGGCACUGAUAAAAUCAACUUUAGACAGGGUAAGAAUUCAAUGUAUGUAGCAUGAUGUAUAUUGGCUAGGUAGUAUUGGUUUGCUUUUGCAACAAGUCAUUGCUUCCUACAUUAUAUCAGCAAUAAAUAUUUUCAUGACUGAAAUGACA